GGAGGGCGUGGCCUGCGGGCGUCCUGGAGAUGGUGCCUAGCAACGUCAGGAGUGGACGAGACCCGGGUGGGGGCCUCGAGGCAGCCGGCGCAGGCCCUGAGGGCCUCGUGGAGGGGGACUCAUGACAGACAACCGAGAGGACGGUGUGGGGGCUGACCAGACUGCCUCAGCGUUCAUCCCAAAGCCAUGGGUGAUCCCCGCCCCCAAGAACAACCUCCAGCGCAUCUUUGGCACCAGCCAGGUGUUCAUGAACUCCGAGGAAAUAAAACCAAAGGAAUCGGGGUUCACGGUGCCCCUCAAAGUCAGGGAGUACUAUGUCCGCGGAAAGCAGUGCCUGGAGAAAAAGGACUGGGAGAUGGCCGUGCUGUUCUUCUCCCGCGCCCUGCACCUGGACUCAGAGCUGGUGGAUUUCUACGUCCUCCGAGCCGAAGCGUACAUCCAGCUCUGUGACUUCUCCUCGGCCGCCCAGAACCUGCGGAAGGCCUACUACUACCAGCCCGACAACACCGACUUCCUGAAGCGGCUCAGCCUGGUGCUUUACCUGAAGGGCCAGUGCCUGUUCGAGCUGUGCUCCUUCUCGGAAGCCCUCAAAUACUUUCUGCAGGCGGCUAAGCUCCAGCCCCAGAGAUCCUGCUUCCGGUACCGAUGCAUGGCCUGUUACCUGGCCCUCGGGCGGCUGGAAAACUGCCUCUCCUACAUCAACAAGGAGAUGAAGCAAGGCCUGGUCAGCGCUGACCUGCACGUCCUCCGGGCCAGGCUCUACAACGCCUUCAAGAAGCCGAACCUCUGCUACCGCGACCUGCAUAAGGCCCUGCUGCUGGACGCCCAGCACCCCGAGACCAAGACCCUGCUGAAGGUGCUGGUGAGCCAGUCCCAGCAGGCGCGCGAGGAGGCGGGCAUCCUGGCCGUGCAGGGCAAGCUGAACUACGCGCUGCAGCGGAUCAACUGUGCCAUAGAGAACAACCCUCUGGACCCCAGCUUCUUCCUCUUCCGGGGCACCAUGUACCGCCGGAUGCAGGACUUCGACGCCGCCGUGGAGGACUUCCUCAAGGCCCUGGACAUGGUGAGCGAGGGCCACGAGGAGACGGUGAAGCAGGCCCAGCGGCAGCUCCUGCUGGCCUACAACGACUUCGCGCUGCACUGCUACAAGCAGGGCGCCUACCAGGAGGGCGUGCUGCUGCUCAACAAGGCGCUCAAGGACGAGCACCUGGAGAAGGGCCUCUACAUCAACCGCGGCGAUUGUUUCUUCCAGCUGGGCAACCUGGUCUUUGCGGAGGCGGACUACCAGCAGGCGCUGGCGCUGAGCCCGCAGGACGAGGGCGCCAAGCUGCGCAUGGGCCUGCUGCAGGAGAAGCUGGGCUUCUGCGAGCAGAAGCGACGGCACUUCGACAAGGCGGAGACCCACUUCUCAAUGGCCAUCCACCACAACCCCAAGAAGGUCCAGAACUACCUGUUCCGAGCCAAGACCCGGCAAUUCCUGCAGAACACUUUUGGGGCGCGUCAGGACGUUGCUACUGCCCUGCUCCUUAACCCCAAGCACCCAAAGCUGCUCCCGCUGCUGGAGAAGCUCUUCCCGGGCAUGUCGGUGGAGGAGGUGCGCAAGACCAAGGUGUGCCAGCUGGCCCAGCAGCAGCUGCGGCAGAAGCUGGAGGACAGCGAGCAGAACAGCCUCCCGCAGAGCAUCCUGGGGAAGCUCAGGGAGCAGGAGCUCGAGCACCAGAAGGUUCCAGACGCAGAGCAGCAGCCGGAGCUUCUGCCGGAGGCCCCUGAGGUGAAUGAGUCCACACCGCAGGCCUCCAGGGCGGAGCCGAGAGUCCCCCGCAAGAAGGAGAAGAAGAGGAGGCCGGCGCCGAAAAACAAGGAGUCCUCGUCCAACAGCUACCUGGACUCCACCUUUUCAGGCCCCAUCUUGGCCAUCAGCACCAGGACGUCCCCAGAAACUUCAGAGACAUCCACCGUCUGCUGGGACUACAAGAGCACCUCAACCACAGGAAUAUCCAACUCCUCCGUGAAGGCCGUCCAGUCCUCGGACAUGGAGGAGCAGAACCAAAGCCCCAAAAAGACCCAGGGCCAAAGCCAGACCCCCAACAAGAGCAAGGCCCCCCCGGCCCAGAGCCAGCAUCCCUGCAAGGGCCCGGAGGCUGCCCAGGAGCCAAAGCAGAAGCACAGGAGCAAGGGGGUGCAGGGCUCGAGGCAGCGGUUCCGAAAGGUGCGGGCUGUCCAGGACUGGGGCUGGAGACUCAUCCGCGGGCCCCCCAAGCGCAAAAUUCUCCAGGACCCAGGCUUGAGCCCUGACAGCAAAGUCAGCCCAAGCCAGAGUCCUGGCGAGAAUGAGGUCACUGAUGAGCACACCCAGCGCCCCAUAAAGAUCAAGGUCACCUACAGCUGUACCGUGAGUCCUGGCAAGAUCGAAAUUGCCCAAAGCCACAGCCAGAACCCUGGCAAGCCUGAGGUCACCCAGGGCUAUGGGUCCAGUCUCAGCAAGCUCGAGACUUCUCAGAACCACAGCCAGAGUGACAGCAAGACCCAGACGACCCCAGAAGAGAACUCAGUUCCCAGUAAGACCGAAGGCACUCAGGACCAGAGUCGGAACCCUAACAAGACUGACGCCACCCAGGGCUUCAGCCGGAGUCCCUCCAGGCCCAAGGUCACCCGAAACCAGAGCCCGAGUCCCACCAAGGCCAAGGGCCACCGGAGCCCGAGUCCCACCAAGGCCAAGGGCCACCGGAGCCCGAGUCCCACCAAGGCCAAGGGCCACCGGAGCCCGAGUCCCACCAAGGCCAAGGGCUACCGGAGCCCGAGCCCCACCAAGGCCAAGGGCAACCGGAGCCCGAGCCCUAGCAAGUCCAAGGUCAUCCAGAACCAAAGUUGGAGCCCCACCAAGACCAAGAUCACUCGGAACCAGAGCCCGAGUCCCAGCAAGUCCAGAGUCACCUGGAGCCUGAGUCCCACCAAGUCCAAGGGCACCCGGAGCCGGAGCCCGAGUCCCAGCAAGGCCACGAAUGGCAACGGGCAGGGCCAAGGUCCCAGAACGACCGAGUUCAAGGGUCACAACCGGAGUCGCGGCAAGACCAAGGUCGCCCGGAACCUCAGCCGGCAGUAACAGCGCCCUCCACGGGAACCACGGAGCCCCUGCCUCUGGCUGGUGCUGGGGGGGGACUGCACCCCCACACACACUGCCCAGCCAGGCAGCCUCCUCCCAGAGCUAUCGAAAACCUCAGCCGACACUCCUCUGGUCUCACCGCUAUGUUUAUUGUGCGUCAUUUU